AGAUACAGUGCUUUAAGAUUUUUGGUUAAAUGAUAUAAUUAGCACCAGAUAUAGUCUAAUAUUAUUUGUAAUUAACAUUUCUACUAUAUAACUUAUUAACGCUUAAUUAAAAUGUCUUCUAUACCAGCAGCCGAAGAAAUUGAUGAAGCGAAAGAACGCGCCCAUUUUCAAGCCGUUGUAAAUGCUUUUAAAUACUAUAAAUUAUGCUGCUUAGACAGAAUACACAAAUCUGAAAAAAUAAUAUCAAUAUUGCCAGAUUUACAUCAAAAGAGAUUAGAAAAAUACCGAUCCUACCUCACUAAGUUUAAAAAUUGUCUUGAUGUCAAUAACAGUGUUGUUCACCUCAUAAUAAAACAUGUUGACACAAUGUUUGAGAAUGUUGACCAUACAAUAGAUCCAGCUGAGACAAAUGGUACAGAAAUUGGAUGUAAUUAUAAUAAUUGUGAUAUUAGCUCACACAAAAAACAUAAAAUGCAGCAUGACAUUGAAAAGGUACAAACAGUAAUUAAGAAUAUUGUAAGAGAUUGGAGUGAGGCUGGGGCAGCUGAAAGGGAACAGUGUUAUAAACCUAUAUUAGAUGAGUUAGAAGCGAGAUAUCCCAAGCAAGAAUUCAUUGACAGGUCUCACAUUAAAGUAUUAGUGCCAGGAGCAGGUCUUGGAAGGUUAGCUUGGGAAAUAGCCGCCAGAGGAUUCUCCUGCCAGGGCAAUGAGUUCUCAUUGUUCAUGCUCUUCGCCAGUAAUUUUUUAUUGAAUAAAUGCCACGAGGCAAAUGAAUACACAGUGUAUCCUUGGGUGCACCAAUAUGUGAACCACAUGACCAGCGAACACCAAGUGACACAAGCCACCUUCCCCGAUAUACCACCUUCGAGUCACCAAUCCCACUUCUCUAUCACAGCCGGCGAUUUCCUAAAGGUAUACAAAACAGCUGAUGAUUGGGAUUGUGUGGCAAGUUGCUUCUUCAUAGACUGUGCGCCAAAUGUAAUUGAAUUUAUUGAAAGGAUCUACGAUAUAUUGAAGCCCGGUGGUAUAUGGAUUAAUUUGGGACCGCUUUUGUAUCAUUAUAGCGAUAUGCCAAAUGAGAUAAGCAUAGAACCGCCUUACGAUAUAUUGAAGGACAUAAUUUCAGAUGUCGGCUUUGAAAUAUUGAAAGAGAAAACCGGUGUAAAAACGAAAUACGCCCAAAACCCCAACUCGAUGCUACAAAACGAGUACAAUUCAGUAUAUUUUGUUUGUAGGAAACCCUCUAGUUAAUAUUUGUUACGGGACUGUAAUAGUUAAAUAUGAUAACGUAAAAUUAUAUAUUCGGUAAAUAAAAAAUAUCAAUAGUUUUUCAAAUGAAAAAUAAAAACAUUCAAAAUAUUUUCGCAUGUCAUCAAUUUUGACAAAUAAAUGACAUAAAACCACUUGCGUCGCUUAUAGUCUUAGUACGUUUAGUACGUUUACUUUCAAUGUGAAAAAUGUCGUCGAAUGUGGGUAGAUGGAACGAAUGCGGGAAAUACUUCAAAGAAAUUUUACAUAACUAAAAAUGGUAUUAUCUGACUGAAUUGUUAAAGGUAUUGUUUUUAUUUUGAAUCCCUUGUGAUGUUAAUAUGUAUAGCUAGCUACAAAUAAUGUUCAGUGGUUCAAAGUUAAUAAUAGGGUUUCAGUGUAAAAGGCCAACUUAGCGCUAAGUAUUGCGUUCCUAAGCCACUGUUUAUUGUUUAAUCAGAUAAAGCCCCAUUUUACUCAAAUGACCGACAAUUAAUGUGAUUUUUAUUUAAAUUAAGUCUAACAAAAUGUAUUAUUUGUGUAGUAUUUUAUGUUAAACCAAUAAAUCUUUACUCAAUUA